CAAAAAGCGGCAUACCUAUUAGCCUUACACACAGUAUAAUUCGACAAUAUGUCUGACAAGCCUAGCCGAGAGACUACCCUCGAUGCCAAGGUUGUUAAAACACUUGUAGAGAGAGCGCAGGAAGCGCGAAAUGUAUCAUACUCCCCUUACAGCCACUUCCGGGUGGGCGCCUGUCUAUUAGCGAAAAAUGGCAAGUAUUAUUCCGGGGCAAACGUUGAGAAUGUCUCGUACGGUCUGACUAUCUGUGCCGAGAGAACUUGCCUGGUGAAGAUGGUGACUGACGGCUGCCUGAAGGCAAAAGCUAUUGCUGUUGCUAGUGAUGUCGAAGACUUCAUCUCACCGUGUGGAAUGUGCAGACAGAGUUUAGCCGAGUUUUGUGACCCAGACGUCGAAGUGCUUAUGACGCGCGGGGACGGCUCAUUUGUCUGCAUCACGGUUAGCGAUCUGGUUCCACUUCUAUUCACACCCUCAGCCUUAGAAGAUGGAACUCGAGCGUAGAACUAUAAGUAAAGUAACGAUAAAUUUUGA